AUGGGCAGCGUCCCCCUCGAGGCCCCCAGGGCCGCGGAGUCUCUCUUCCCGGCCGCCCUCGAGCCCCGCGGCCCCGUCAAGCGGGACUACCACCACCGGAUCUUUGUGAACCGGAGCUUGGCACUGGAGAAGAUAAAAUGCUUUGGUUUUGAUAUGGACUAUACCCUUGCAAUGUACAAAUCUCCAGACUAUGAAGAAUUGACCUUUGAGCUGUUGCUGGAGCGACUGGUGUCCAUUGGAUACCCUCACGAAAUUCUGGACUAUAAGUACGAUCCUGCCUUCCCUACCAGGGGGCUGAUCUUUGAUGCCCAGUAUGGGAACUUGCUAAAGGUGGACUCCCAUGGCAAUCUGUUGGUGUGUGCACAUGGCUUCCAUUUCUUCAAGGGGAAUGAAAUCUGGAAUUAUUACCCAAACAAAUUUAUUCAGAGAGACGACACAAAACGUUUUCAUAUUCUGAAUACUUUGUUUAAUUUGACAGAAACCUACCUCUUGGCCUGUCUCGUGGACUUCUUCACCAGCUGCUCCAAAUACAUGAAUUGUGAGACCGGCUACAGGCAGGGCAACCUCUUCAUGUCCUUCCGCAGCAUGUUGCAGGAUGUCCGAGAGGCCAUGGAUCAUGUUCACCUUUCAGGCUCCCUCAAGGAGAAAAUGCUGAAGGACCUGGAGAAGUAUGUGGUAAAAGAUCCCCGUAUUCCUCUUCUGCUGAGUCGCAUGAAAGAUGCAGGGAAAAUGUUUCUUGCCACCAACAGUGACUACAACUAUACAGAUGCAAUCAUGACAUACUUACUUGACUUCAGUGAAGAAAACAUGGAUAAAUCCCAGCAUCGACCGUGGCGCUCUUACUUUGAUAUGAUUGUUGUCGACACUUGCAAGCCCCUCUUUUUUGCUGAGGGAACUGUUCUGCGGCAAGUCAACACAGACACGGGGAAGCUGCGAAUUGGGACCUACAGAGGACCACAUCAGCACUGUGCUGUCUACUCUGGAGGUUCCUCAGACAUGAUAUGUGACCUCUUGGGCGUGAAGGGCAAGGAGAUUCUUUACAUUGGUGAUCAUAUCUUUGGGGAUAUUCUCAAAUCUAAGAAGAGGCAAGGAUGGCGCACAUUCCUGGUGGUCCCAGAAGUGGCUAAGGAGCUGCAAGUGUGGACUGAGAAGAGUGAGCUCUUUGAGGAGUUGCGGAGCCUGGAUAUGCUUUUGGCUGAACUGUACCA